AUGAACAGCAACGUGCCGGGACCCUUCCUCGUCAUCUUCAUCGUCGUCUUCGUCAGCACCGCUCAGUGCGAGCUGCAGGACAGGAAGCAGUUCAUCUGUGUUCACGAGAUGAAAACGUGGCCGGAGGCGAGAAACUACUGCCGGAGCCGCCACACAGACCUGGCAACCGUCAGGAGCCCAAAAGAGGCUGAGACCUUGCUGCAAAGUAUCGCCCAAAACAGCUACACAUGGCAGUACUGGUUCGGCCUGCACCGGGACGCCGCGGACCCGUCGGCCUGGAGGUGGACGGAGCUGGUGGAGGACCCCGCCCUCGCCGCGCCCGAGCCCACACACUGGCUCUGGUCCAGGGAGCCCGACGGCCACAACUGCACCCACGUGCUCCUGCCCAGCAAGCAGUGGGAGAGCCUGAUGUGCUCCGCUCACCGCUACUUCUUCUGCAGGAGCAGAGGUGGAGGAGGCGGAGGAGGCGGCGGUGUGAUCCACCUGGUUGAAAAGAAGAUGAACUGGCACGCUGCUCGGCGGUACUGCGAGCAGCGUAACCAAAGCCUGGCCACCAUCACAGCAGCGGACGCCGGCGGUCUGCCUCAGGACGCCACCAUCACCGCCUGGAUUGGACUGUACAGGGACGAGGACGAUGAGUGGAAGUGGGCUGGGAAGCCUCAGACAGGCUUCAGGAACUGGGCGCCGCAACAUCCAGACCGCCAAGACUGCGUACACAUCUCCAGAUCUCCCCAGGAUCCCAGUAAAUUCGUUUGGAUGACCGACAGGUGUCAGCUCAGGUUGUUCUUCCUCUGCUACAACGAGCCGCUGGUCCUGGUGAGGGAGAACAAGACGUGGGAGGAGGCGCUGGCGUCCUGCAGGGCUCUGGCUGCAGACCACGACGCCGAGCCCGACGCGUUCCGAAACCACCGCUACGACCUGGCCAGCCUGCUGUCUGACAGCGACUACGCUUACGCCCGGACGCAGAUCCAGUCAGCGACCACCGAUGAGGUGUGGAUGGGUCUGCGCUUCCUGGCGGGCGGCUGGCUGUGGGUGAACGGGGACGGCGUGCAGCACGACGGCCUGCCGCCGCACCCGGAGGCCCGGCGGCGCUGCGGCGCGCUGGCCAAGAGCGGCGACGACUCCUGGACAAUCAGGGACUGCAGCGAGCGGAGGAACUUCCUGUGCCUCCAGAGGACAUGAGCCGAGCCGCGGAGCUCCAUCAGCUGUCAAAAAAAACCUUCAGAAGCUGAAAGUUGAAUGCUGUGUCCUUUGUCCUGUCCAGUUUAUAACUUAGAGUUUUAGUUUUGCUGCUUAAAUGUGCCGCCAUGUUUGCUGCAGUGACAUCACUGCGUCACGGAGAGCAGCUGCUCACAGAUCAGUUCAACACACAAUAAAGAAAUCUGA